AUGUCCGCUGGUCGACGAGGAGUGACGACGCGUAGAAGCAGGGCGGGUGGUGGAGCUGCGUUCCCGAAUCUUGCGGUGGCCGGCAAACGAGAAACAAAGCCCGAAAGCAGCACAGGAAGUGGUACCCAGCAGAAAAGAGGAAAGCGUGAACGGGGCAGUCGUGGACGCGCUGGCCGGGGCAGCCGUGAAGCCGGAAGCUCCCGAUUCAUACAGCAACAGGGCAUAUUCUCAGCCGGGCUCAACGAUGAUGGUCGACACGAUAAGGCCAAUAAUAACAUCAGAUUAGGCGAAUUCAGUGUGAGGAGCCUUGGAAGGAUAAAGAAAGAGGCAGGCGAAGAAGAGGACAGGCUAUGUGAUGAGAAACCGCUUGUCACGUACGAAUCGGAAUGGAUGUCCGAUGAGGAGGCAGAUAAUGAAGAACUGCGCGAACUGCUGCAAGAUGGGUUCCUUGUCGAUCUAAAGCCAGGAAAAAUCAUUCCGCUCGUUUUGCCGGAAACCGAGGAGUCACAGUUUCAGCAGUUAGCUGGCGAAAAAAUAAAAGAAGAUGUGGGAAAUGGCUGUGAGCCUACCACUGCUACUUCCGCUCCUCCCAAUAAGAAAAAGAAGAGGUCUAAUCACCGUCUGAUAUCGGGUAGUAGCUCCGAAGAGGAAAAGGUAAAUAUGAAAAAUCGAUUGGUAAUGAAAAAAAGGGAAGAUGUUGAACCCGUACUGGAUCCAACAGCAACAAGUAGUCGUCGGGCAGCUGCUAUCAUGCAGAAACUUCAACAG